AUGGCAUGUCAACAUUCCAACCUGAUUUGGCUUCUCUUAAUAAGCCUCACUUGUACUCUGUUCAUCAGCGGCCAUGCAGUAUCCGAAGAAAAUCGACAGAUUUAUAUUGUGUACAUGGGGGACCGUCCAAAGGGUGGUUUUUUCGCUGCAUCAUCUCUUCAUGCCCACAUGCUACAAGAAGUUGUUGGCAGUGGUGCGUCAGAUUUUUUGCUGCACAGCUACCAUAGGAGUUUUAAUGGUUUUGUUGCUAAAUUGACUGAAGAUGAGAAGCAGAAACUGGCUGGCAUGGAAGGUGUAGUGUCAGUGUUCCCUAGUAAAAUGAAGAAACUCCACACGACAAGGUCUUGGACCUUCAUGGGGUUUCCCCAAAAUGUUACAAGAUCAACUCAAGAAAGUGAUUUCGUUAUUGGAAUGCUCGACACAGGGAUUUGGCCUGAAUCUGAAAGUUUUAAUGAUGAAGGAUUUGGUCCACCUCCAGCCAAAUGGAAGGGCACUUGCCAAAACUCCUCAAACUUCACUUGCAACAACAAAAUAAUUGGAGCUCGAUACUAUUACGCUGAAGGACAACUCCCCCCUGGAGACUUUGCUUCACCCAGAGAUUCAGAAGGCCAUGGGAGUCACACUGCAUCAACAGCAGCAGGGAACAUUGUUAGCGAAGCAAGCUUACUAGGUCUUGGUUCAGGGACUGCUCGAGGAGGCGUUCCUUCUGCUCGAAUUGCUGUGUACAAGAUAUGUUGGUCUAAUGGCUGUUGGGAUGCUGACAUUCUUGCAGCAUUUGAUGAUGCUAUUGCCGAUGGAGUAGAUAUAAUAUCACUUUCAGUUGGAGGGUGGCCUAUGGACUAUUUUGAAGAUUCAAUAGCAAUUGGAGCUUUCCAUUCAAUGAAGAAUGGCAUACUCACAUCCAAUUCUGCUGGUAAUGAUGGCCCAGAACCCGGAUCAAUUUCUAAUUGUUCACCUUGGUCUCUUUCUGUCGCUGCUAGCACCAUAGACAGAAAGUAUGUGACCCAAGUAAAGUUAGGUAAUGAAGCAGCUUAUCAGGGACUCUCCAUAAAUACUUUUACGCCUCAAAACUCUGAAUACCCAAUCAUCUACGGUGGAGAUGCACCAAAUGUGACUUCAGAACACAAUGGUACCUAUUCCAGAUAUUGCACCCUAGGCUCCUUGAACAAGACUUUGGUGCAAGGAAAAAUUGUUCUUUGUGAUUCUCUCAAUUUUGGAAGUGGGCCAAUUGCUGCUGGUGCUGUUGGCUCGGUUAUGGAGCAAGGAUUUUACACUGAUGUGGCCUUUGCCUUCCCUUUACCAGUUUCCCCAGUAAGCUCAGAGGAUUCAGCUAACAUUUUGAAGUACAUAAACACUACAGGCAAUCCAACUGCAACAAUAUUCAAGAGCUUCGAAGAAAAAGAUGAAUUAGCCCCCUAUGUUGUUUCCUUCUCUUCAAGGGGACCUAAUCCCAUAACAGCCGACAUUCUCAAGCCUGACCUAACAGCCCCUGGAGUGGACAUCUUAGCAGCAUGGUCCGAAGCUACCACUGUCACAGGAUCAGAAUGGGAUCAUAGAGUAGUUCCAUACAACAUAAUCUCUGGUACAUCCAUGUCUUGCCCACAUGCAUCUGGUGCAGCUGCUUAUGUCAAGUCCUUUCACCCAACAUGGUCUCCUGCUGCCAUCAAAUCCGCUUUAAUGACUACAGCUUAUUCCAUGAGUGCUACAACUAAUAUCGAUGCAGAGUUUGCUUAUGGAUCAGGUCAUAUAAAUCCUGUCAAUGCUACUGACCCUGGACUAGUAUAUGACGCUGAAGAGAUCGAUUAUGUUAAAUUUUUAUGCGGACAAGGGUAUAAUGCUACACAACUUAAGCUUGUAACUGGAGACAACAGUUCAUGUUCUGAAGAAACAAAUGGAACAGUUUGGGAUCUAAACUACCCAUCUUUCGCUCUGUCUGCACUGUCAGGGCAAUCUGUAAGUCGCAUAUUUCACAGAACUGUCACGAAUGUUGGAUCAGCACCAUCUACGUACAAGGCAAUUGUAGAAGCUCCAUCAGUACUUGACAUCCAAGUUCAACCAAAUGUUCUUUCCUUCAAAUCUCUUGGGGAAAAGCAAUCCUUUGUUGUGAUAGUUGAAGCCGUAUUAAACAAUUCUGCAAUCUCAGGUUCCUUGACUUGGGAUGAUGGGGUGCAUCAAGUAAGAAGUCCUAUUUUAGCACAUGUUAUCCAUCCUUCUCAGUAG